AGGACCUCCUUGAAAAAUAAUCGAUUUUCCUAGGGACAGCGAAGAAAAAUCACUAAUAAGUACAACAAGAUAGGCCAUGUAAUAGUUCAAAUUUCAAACCCCCUACCGUGCAACGAGGAACUGAUUAGUUCGUUUUGAAUCCUCCAGAGUUAAUUCGAUUUUACCAAAAAUGGCGACCGAUCAGCGAACCAAGAUCGACGCCGUGAGCUCCGUGGAAUCGGAGGCGGCGAAGGUCGGCCGCGUCAACAUGAUCCGACCGGAAGACAUCGCGUGCACGACAGAGGCGCAGGCGAAGCACUUAGCUGCGUUUCAGGCCGGUUCCAAGGAUUGGCUGUCGUACCAGCACGAGGCGGAGGAUCCCGCGGAGAUCCGGGCGGCGGAGGAAUUCUUGCGGCACGUGCUCUGUCUGCUGGUCGAGCAGGUGCUGACACAGAGAUUGAGUAAUGAGUCCGAUGAGGCGCGCCACGAGCUGGAACAGAAGGCGAAACAAGCGAUCGCUUUCCUGCAGCAAGUGUCAACAGGCACCAGUGGUGCUGCGACAACGGCGACGCACACUCCGGCCUCCAGUCGGGGGGAAUCGCCACUGAACUCGCCAUCUGGGGAAGAAAUAGAGGUAGAGGACCAUCAAAGCUGCAACAGUACCGAGGAGAAGGUGGUGUCUGGUGACGACGUCCUCGUGAUUGACGUUGUUCAUCCGGCUGCAAAUGACAGUACCUCAGAUGGUCAUGCAAAUAGCGCCACCAGUGUCGAAAUUGUCGCGGAUUUCCUGAAUGCCGUUACCGAGAAGCACUGGGAUGACGCGGUGAGAAACGCGAGGCGGCAUUUCCAGUGCGCGCCGCCCAAGUCUCGCCUGGUGAAAACCCUCUCCCAGCUCGUCUUUGAAUCCGUCCUCCCUCGUGGCACGGCGGUGGAAAGGAUCCUGAAGAAGAAGUCCGUGCGCAGCAACAGCGGAGUGGUCGUCAUCACAGUCGUCACAGCGCCCGGAAAGUUCUCCUGCCCGCAUGAUUGCUACUACUGCCCGGAUGAACCCGGGCAACCGCGGUCCUACCUCUCCACCGAGCCUGCCGUGCAGCGCGCAAACCAGAACAACUUCGACCCGGUCAAGCAGUUUUACGAUCGCGCGGCCACACUGGCAAAGCAAGGGCACGAGGUGGACAAGGUAGAAAUUAUCGUGCUGGGCGGUACGUGGUCGGCCUACAGCAAAGAGUACCAAGACCAAUUCUGCCGAGAUUUGUUCUACGCGGCCAACACGUUCCUGAAUGAAGACGAUCUCCGCCGGGGGAAGUCGAGUGUCUGGGACUUGCAGGGGCGGGAGAGAAUGAGUCUACCGGAAGAACAGCGGCUGAACGAACUCAGUGAGUGCAAAAUCAUCGGGCUGACGCUGGAAACCAGACCAGACCACAUCACGAAAGCCGAGGUAACAAUAAUGCCGAUUUUGUUCGUGUUUGACCGUAAUUUCAUUCAAAUAAAUAUAUGUAAUUUUGCAUUUGCUGCACUGGUACUACGCGCUUUUUCAUCACAUUGACAUCCAUACCCGGAAGUAACUUUUCGACCUUUUCGAUACAAAAACAGGUCCGUCGUCUGCGUCUUCUGGGCUGCACGCGCGUGCAGAUCGGAGUUCAGCAUACGGAUGAUGAAAUUCUGAAAAAAGUGAACCGCGGACAUUCCGUCAACCGUGCGGUGAAAGCGGUGUCGCUGCUGAAAACCGCCGGCUUCAAGGUCGACAUUCACCUGAUGCCGGACCUCCCCGGCGCCACACCGGACGCCGAUUGGGAGAUGUUCAAGUACGUGCUGAAUUCCGACGCGCUUCAGGCGGACCACUGGAAGAUUUACCCGUGUGAGGUGACGCCCUUUACCCAAAUCGAGAAGUGGCACAGUGAGGGCAGCUACACCCCCUACACGGACACGGACCCCGAUACCAUGAUCCGGUUGCUGUGCAACGUGAAGGUGAACGUGCACCCCUGGAUCCGGCUGAACCGCGUGAUUCGAGACAUCCCGGAGGUCAGCAUCAUCGCGGGCAACCAGAACACCAAUCUGCGCCAGGUUCUGUUCGACCAGCUGAGCAAGUGCGGCGAGAGCUGCAAGUGCACGCGGUGCCGGGAAGUGCGCAGGUACGGGGAGCCGCUGGACCAGUUGGUCGUGCGCGUCCGGAAAUACCGGUCCUCCAACGGCUGGGAGUUUUUCUGCAGUGUGGAGGGGUCUGACCGAGGGUUAGGCGGGGGCGCGGAAAAGCGGGCGACCGACGGGAAAAUGAGUCGGAAGCAGAAGAAACAAGCAAACAAGCAGGCGAGAAAUGCGGAAAACAAGGGCAAAGGGAAAAAGGGAACAAGUAGGGAGACGGCGACAAGGGUAGGACAGGUCGUUGGAACGGUCGACGUGCCGACGUUGCCAGAAGAGCAAGAAAUGAUGUCGUUUGAUCUAUUCGAUAUCGACGAGGCAUCAAACACGACCGCUGGGAACGGCCUGUCGUCUGACAACCUCCAAGUCGAAGCUGGCAGACAGGAGACACACCAACAGCCUUCUGCAUCAAAAGCAGAAAAUAAGCCCACCUUGCUGGCAAACUUGAAGGGAACUUUCAAUAGCGCGCUUGGAAGCGUCUAUUCGACAUCAGAAGAUUUGGUGGCUUCCACACGAGACGCAUUGUUUCGGUUCUCCGGCUUGGACCAACACAUCCCAGUUCCUAGCGCCGAUGCAGGAGCUACGGGUUCUUCUUCGAGUUCCUCUUCUGCUAAAGUAGAGAAGAGAAAUACCUUGAAGAAAAGCGCGAUCCAAGUUCACAAGGAGCGGAAUCUUGACACUCGACGACAGGACGCCCCCUUCACGCUGCUGACUGCCACAGAUUCCGAGGGACCGCAGUUUUCCAGUGUCGGGUCACCCGAUUCCAUAGCAAGUUAUCGUCAUUUGAAAAACACGACUUCCAGCGACACGUACCUGUACAAGGGUAAGAAAUACGAUUUCCACUGCUACCAGGACGCUAGGAAGUACGUCAACAGCGCCAACGUGUGCACGGAGGUGGUAGAAGAUGCGGCUGGUGACGGAAGCAGUGGAACAACACCAGAAGAGGUGAUCGUCGAGAAAAACCGCGACAACGGGGCACUGUACGGCCUACUGCGUCUCCGCCUGAACGACGAUCCCUCCGCGGUGCGGGAAAUGUUCCCUGAGCUGGAAAAUUCCGCUCUGAUCCGCGAGUUGCACGUGUACGGGGAAGUCCGGCCGGUGUACCGUGCUGACGAUAAGAACAAAACCGCGGGCGUGACGCUCAACGACGAUCCAACGCUGGAAGUUGAACAGGAAGUAGUAGUAGGAUCGACGAGCGGCACUUGUGCUGAUGCAGCAGCUUCUGCCCCCGCAAUUGCAGUCUCGCCGAAUGAUGUUCUUGAAGGUGGAGCCUCCUCAUCUUCUUUUCGUGAACCGCGGUCGUACUACCGCAGGAAGCACGCGGACCAGGGGAAGCAGGGUUCCGCGCAGCACGGCGGGAUCGGAAAGUUAUUGAUGUGCGUUGCGGAGACGAUUGCGCAGCGACACGGCAGCAAAAAGAUUGCGGUGAUCUCCGGUGUGGGUGUGCGCAACUACUACCGCAAGCUUGGUUACGAGCAGCUCGGAGUUGGGCGAUAUCUGAUCAAGCCGCUGGAAGAAGAUGCGCUCCCAGCAGACGCAGGGUCUGCUGGUCUUUCCGGAGGUGUGAUUUCUGGAACCUCAUCCAGAAAUCACCUCCGCAACGAUGACGUCCCCUUGGAAUUUCUCGAUGAGCUCGAGAUUCCUUUCGCCGCCUGGCAAGACCACGGGCCGGAUGCCCUACCGCAGCCCUGUGUGGAAGUAGAGAAUACCAAUACAGGAGUAGAUGCGGAACCUGCAUCAUCCGUUGUUGCCUCUUUCCUUUACGACAACCGCAAGGCAAUUUGGGCAGCGACAGUGGGAAUCACCGCUUUGACAGCCGGGGCGAUCGCACUGCGAAGCACGACACGAUCGAGAGUCGGGAGCACUGCCAAUCGGAGAUGACAUAUAUCAGACUUCUGCUCAAGAUCAACAACUUCCCAAAAACGACUUACGCAAUCGCUAGUGCGUAGUACCCGCGUAGACUCGUGCAUUGGAUGUUGAAUGCCGCUUGAUUGAGGACACGACAUAGCAUUACGAUACUUGAAGUUCUUUUUGAUCGGCACUGCAAAAACUAAAAUCCGCAGCUGGUUGCCGGUCACGUCUUGUAGGGACUGC